AUCUAAUACGCGCAAGUUUGUCACUGUCAUAUCGUUUCACACAACGAUGGAGUAUUAAAAAAUGGUAGUAAGUGAUUUGUAGUACCGAUUAAUAAUUUUGCAAAAUCGGUUCAAAAUUAAUUCACUGUUAACUAUUUUAAUCUUGUAUUUAUUAUGUGAAAUUGUAAAUCACUAUUGGAUUUUAUUAAAUAACGGUACGUGUGAUAAAGUUUAAAUCAUUGUGGAAAGAUGUUCGAAUGAUAAUCGUAGCGUUGACGUUAUGAAAAAAAAGAUAUUUGACAAGGCUGUACAUAUUUUAUCCUUAUGGCUAAGGGAAAACUGAGAGGUUCUGAUUCAAACAAUAAGUUAACAACUUCAAAUGCAACUUUCAAAAAUGGGGAGACAUAUACAUCAGAGUUUGAAAUUAAUGAAAUACCACCUAGUGCCCGCACAUUGCUUACAAAGGGUUACAUACAGGAUGAAAUUAAUUCUUACUCAGGUGCCACUGUUUCAACGCGUGGACGUUUUAUGACAGAACAAGAGAAAUUACGCUGUCCUAAUGAAAGGCCUUUGUAUCUUUAUAUACAGGGGCAUGCAAAACAUAAUGUAGAUUCUGCUAUACAAAAAAUUAAUGAAAUUAUUAAAACAGAGCAUCAAAGUUCUUUGAACAGGCCAAGUAGAUUUACUAAUGCACCGCCACCUCUUAUGAGUUUACAUUCCGGAGUUACAUCUGUGGAAAAGAUUUGUGUUGGGAUAGAAAAUGCUCCAGAAGGAUUUGAUUUAAGAGGUAGAAUUAUAGGUGCAGGUGGAGCAAAUCUAUUAUACAUUAGGGGUGAAACAGGUGCAAAUAUAACUUUAAGAGGUAGAGGGUCACAAUUUAUUGAUCCUGUUUUAGGCACUGAAUCUCCAGAACCAUUGCAUUUGUGUAUAGAGCAUCCAAAGCCAGAAGCAUUACAAAAUGCAAAACAAUUAGCAAUUAAUUUAAUUCAAACAAUGCAAUCGGAAUUACAAUCAUAUAUACAACAACAACCACCACCAGUGCAAUCACAGCAAGUUAUAGAACAGUCACAAAUGCCACAAACACAAUUUCAAACCAUGAAUAUUGGUACUUUGGGACAGCCUAAUGUAGUUACUAUACAGCAUCAAGAUAUUAUACAACACCCUCAAAGUAAUGUAGUAACGUUGCCAGCAACUAUUCUCACUGCUACAGUAACUGGUGCACCAGGCUCUGGCAUAACAGUUCCUCCACCUGGAGUACACAUUCCACCUCAUUCUGGACCAUUGGUACCACCACCACAAGCACAGGAAAUACAAACAUUUAUGCCUCCUCCACCAGUUGGCCAAGUUCAAUUAAUUGGUCCUCCAUCAACAGUAAGCCAAGUGCAAUAUCAGAUUCAUCCUGGACAACCACUACAAAUUCAAGGGAUUCAACCUGGAUCGCAAUCAUCACCACAACCUGUAGCCCAAAUGUAUGUUAUGAGUCAGCCACCACCACAGAGUCCAGCUCAACAAAAUUUUAUUACAAGUAGUAGUGCGCCAGUUAGUGGUGCGGUUUCUUAUGUUUAUACACAACCAAAUGUACAAAGGCCAUCUACACCGCCACAAGGAAUAAUCGAAGCUGUCAACGUGAAUUUACAACAGCCACCUCCGACAACUCCAAUUAACAUAACUCAACAACCACCUCCACCAUUAUUGCAUCUUCAUUUUCCUCCGCCAAACUUCCCUCCGAAUCAACCACCACCUCCAGUACCACAAACUUACCAAAUACAAUAUCAGCAAGUACAGGCAUCUGCAUCACAAUCACAAGCACAGUUUGUGUUACAACCUGGGGAGCAUAUUGUUCCACCACAGUUGCAGCAAAACCAUGAACAAUCGCAGCCUGUGGCUCAACAUAUGUUACCACCACAGUUUGAAGGUCAUGCUCCUCAGUUUCAUUUACAAGUACCUCCUCCGUCUACGCAAACUUUUUUAGUCCCUAAUGCUCAAUCGCCUCAACAUCCUCAACAACAUCCUCUUCCUCCUGGAAGUGAGGUUCAACAUCAACAAGAAGGACCAGUAGAUCAAGGACCACAACCACAACCGGUACCACCUCCACAAAUUGUACCACCACCUGCUCAAAUGUCAAAUUCUAUGAACGUUCUUACCAGUAUUCCACCGCCAACGCAAGCACCUCCUUCACAAAAUGCUCCGUGGCUAUAUCAAGCACAACAGCCGCAACAAAUGUUGCAGUCGCAGGGUCAACUGCAGGUUCAGAUGCCUCCUGCAAAUAUACCUUUACAUAAUGUACCUCCACCACAAGUUCAAGCUCAGAUACAGUAUCAUGCACAGCAUAUGCAGUAUCAAAAUGGUCAUAUACCACCUCAAGUACACUAUACGGUUCAACCACCACCUCAACAAUUUGAGCAAAAGCCUGAUUCCCCAGAACAAAAAUCUCAUGGUAUAAAAAGGAGAUUUUCAGAUGUUGAAACAAAUCCGGAAGCAUCACCUUAUCAAUGUGGUCCUCUACCUGCUCAGCGUCAUGGACCAGGCAGAGAAGGUGAUCGGCAGCAGCAAGUCUUACAUGGUCCAUCACCGACAGCUGCGGGCCUACCUCAUGGAGAUCGAAACAAGCUGCUAAUGCCACCUCCACAUCCAGGUGAAAAACGCAGCUUGGAUCAAAAAACUGCAGGCAUAAAUACAGGAAAUGAGCAAAAUCCGAUAGGAGAUUCAAUAAACAUCCAUCCUGGAAGUGGACCACCUUUGCCUCCUUCACUUCCACCACAGGCCCCGUGGCAAACACACCAUGUUAGAGUUCCAUGGGGCAGACCACCGCCAAUGCCAAGAGAUGGAGAGCAUCAAGGAGUGUGUCCCACAUUACCUCCAACAAAUAUGCCACCACCACAAAUUAGACCCAGAGGACACAUUGAAGGUAAUCGUUCGCCUGUACAAAAUGCGAUAUUGGAGCAUCCGUUGAAUGUCGAGUAUAAUCAAAUGCCACCGUAUACAACAAAACCUCCCCCUUACAAUUCACACCCAUUGAUGCAAUCCAUUUGCAAUCCACCGCCACCACCACCGCCGCAUCAUCAGCAGCGACCGCAGUAUCCUCCUCAAAACGUGCAGCAUUAUCAGGUGCCAAUUUCUCAGACAUAUCAACCACCGACUUCCUGUCCACCGUGGAUGAAUUAAAUUAUGAUACAAUACGAAUAACGUAAUUUAUCUUUAAAGAUAGCUGAUGCAGUCCGUCCGAUUUCACACCGUUCAAUCAAUAAUACUUAUACGAAUGUAACUGAUUCUGAGAAGCAUAACGAACGCAAAUGGAUGGUAUUGCAUUAUGUUAUCUUCAUCGAAUUGUUCCUUGUGAUAGUUAAUUAUAAUUUAACUAUUCGUUGUGAAUGUGUCGCUGCAAAGAUGCUGUUCUGUAAAAAAAGAAAGAAAAUGUGUAUAUGUUACAAAUUAUUUAUAGUGAGACAUUCACUAUAAAUAAAGCUUAGUUAGCGAAUGAUAGUAACUAAUUUAUAAAUGCCACGUUAUGAUCGGACAAUUCAUACAUUCAGUGAGAUAAAGAAUUCGAUCAAUGAUACCUAACUAUGUAAUGCAGGCAGAGAUAGUGUGAAUCACAAUUUGCGAGGAAGAGUAAUCAUUGCGGAUGUUUAAUAAGAAAUGAUUCUGAUUAGUUUCAAGAAAUGCUUUUAGUAUUCACGCACACACAUAACCACACGAGGAUUUAGAGAUAUAAUUUUUUGUAUUCAUAGUACGUAAUUACGUAACUAGAACUGUCUCGAACUUGUCAUGUAGAUGUCUAUUUCUUCUUUCGUUGUCGGCACACUUUACACGUAUAUCUAUUUACGAGUUCGUACACAAACAAUGAAUGAAUUGUUGCCUCUAAUCUCACGAGGUGUUGAUAUUAAAAUCGCGUGAAAGUUUGCCGUGAUUUUCAUACAGAGUUGCGAAAAAUUGUACAUUAAUUAAUUUACUGCUACAGUACAAUCUAUUAAUUAAUUUACUGCUAUAGUAAUUUUUGAUUUAAAGAUUAAGUAAAUAUAGGGCCAAGAAAUAAUUCUUGAUGCGGUAUAUUUUAUUAUUAUAAGCGAAAAGCUUCAAGCUCGAAUGGGUUAAGUUAUUGUUUUUAUGAUUUAAUUAUAGAAAUAUAUUUUCCGAUGGAACAUCAUUUUUUGAAUAAAUUAAUUUAAUCUCAA